CGUUUCGUUCGGUCCCUUGCCAGCGGCGUGGAGGAUGAAGAUGUCAGUCCCCGUUGGUCCCUUUGUGCCUCGCUAGCUCGUCUCAAAACCCAUGGCUUCCGGGGUGUGCCACCAUGCUGCUCCCCGCGUCCGUGCCCUCUGGUCCCGGCCUCACCUUCAAGCCGGGAGGUCUCUUCUCCUGGGACUUACGCUGACCUGGUUCAGCGUGCUUGGACUCACCUACCUCUGCGGGCCGCACGUUGUCAGGGUUGCCCGGGAGGCUGGAGCCAGGACACGGACGGCUCUUGAGUGGCGUUACAGGAAAGCGGUCCACCAUUUCGGGGGAGACUACUUUUAUCUCACCGUCGGAGUUCAAUGGAGUCUGUCGGUGGUGACCUACUGGGCGAUGGGACUACUUUUCCUCCUGGUCGACCUCAGCGGAAGACCAGCCUGGAUGGCCAGGUUCAGGGUGCAAGAGAAUGCCGGGACGAAAAAUCAGGUCAGGCUGCAAACGCUGAGGCCCGUCGUAGCACAGGUGCUCUUCAACCAAACCUUCGUCCAGUUACCCGGGAUGGUGGCCUGCUACUGGCUCAAGACGCUCCGUGGUUUCGACAGCAACCUCAGCAUACCGCCCAUGAGCCGGAUCCUGCUUGAAUUUGCGCUGUUUGCGCUGGUCGAGGAGGUGCUGUUCUACUAUUCCCACAGGUUGCUGCACCACCGGGCCAUGUACGGCCGGUUUCACAAGAAGCACCACGAGUGGACCGCCCCGGUGGCCAUCACGGCCGUCUACUGCAGCCCGGUGGAACACCUGCUGUCCAACGUGCUGCCUACGGCGCUGGGGCCUGCCCUGCUGGGCUCGCACCCCGUCGUUCACUGGUUCUGGAGCGCCGUCACGGCGCCCUACGGCGUCGUCGUCCACUCGGGCUACCACCUGCCCCUGCUGCCGUCUCCUCAGAUGCACGACUUCCACCACCUCAGGUUUCACGAGAACUACGGCAUCUUGGGGAUCCUGGACUGGCUGCACGGCACCGACGUGUCCUUCCGCAGAAGCGAGGCCUUCCAGAGACACCGGGUCCUUCUGUCCCUCAAGCCCAUCUCGGCCCUCUACCCAGACCGGGUAGUCUCCAGCUACGAUGUAAUGUCACGGAGACACGCCGACAGGCCGCCAAAGACCGAACCUGAACGAAAAAUGCAUCCCUAGUUCAAGUGUGAGAAGGAUGUAUCACCUCCUCAGCGGUACCGCACACGCUGUUUGUAUCAUCGAGGACGCACUGCCAUGUGUGACGACGUUGGCAAGUUGGUGCUGAUGUGUGAAACGUGAGGUUACAUCACCAUACCAGUUUGUUUUCAAAGAUUUGGAAGCUAAGCAAACAACCGAGCGAUGGCGAUCCCUCCUCCUUCAAGCAGCUGACUGAUAGUCUGCGACACAAUAAGUUUGAAUACAGGAUUGGUGUUUGCUGUGUAGUGUGUGUGUGCGUGUAGGCGGGCGAGGUGGUUUUUGUUUCUCGGAAAUCUUAACGAAGAGCAGCAUUGGGGCUAAAGCUGCACAAAGCAAAUUUGAUCACCAUGCUCUGCCUUGCUUGGUGGAACGCUGCAAUACUUUGGCAGUGUGUUUGCUCAAUAUCAGCCUCACCUUCCUUCUAUCUCCCAUUAGACAAACUUAAUGACAGGCUAAAAUAAUUUUUUUUCUUUUUUUGCGAAGAUAAAAUUAAAAGACAACAAACUGAGGGGGAUAUAACAUCUUUUUAUAGGAACAAAGCCAGUCAAGGUUUGUGUAUUCACAGCAAGAAGAUUAAAAACUUUUUGCAAGAGUAGACAUACAUACAUAUAGUGUCUUUCAGGCACGCUCAACAACCACAACCCAAAAAAUCCUGAGCAGUGUGCAAAACUCAAAAAUAAAUAUAAAUGCCAAC